AUGUAUCCUUCAUAUACAUCUCGUUUCGAAGGUUCUUCCUGGCCUAAUUCUAUUGCUGGACCAUCUUCCUCACAUGGUGGUACUGCAAGUUCAUCGCAUAGUUCAGCACCAUCCUCCAUAGAUUAUUAUCAACAGCCAAGUACUUCAAAUGCUUAUUACCAUUCUGUGAAUCCAUCAUUGCGAUUAACUACUCCAUACUAUGGAACGCAACAAUGCUAUGGAAGUUCAGCACCAUUUAAUUCUCAGGCAGCUGUAGCCGCAGCCGCCGCUGCAGCAGCAACACAGUGCUGUCCAACGAAUCCUUCACCGUCAUCAAAUAAUUCACCAUAUAAUGUGACAUCUUACGCUCAGUAUGCGACUCGUUAUUUUCACCAUCAUCAGCAGCAGCAACACCAUCAUAAUUAUGCACAUUUACCUUCUCAAAAUCUAACAACACCAUCAAGUGUAUCUUCCGCAUUCCUUCCAGACUCUUUGCCGUGGAGGUAUUCGCAAAGCGAAUAUAUCAGUAAGUACUGCAAAUUGAUUAUAGUGAUAUUUCAUGAGAGCCACUUGUUACUGUGA